AAUAUAUCAGCAAAGGCUAUCAGCAAAAUAAAGACACUCACAGAGCCUCUAUACAAUGCUAAAUUCGGCUAGUCGUUAAACAAAUCUCAACGCUAAAAUAUGGAUCGCCCUAUUUUCGCUGUUGUGACGCUGUUACUUCUCGCAUUUUUAACUCCAACAACAUCAAAUCCCACAAAAUGUCGCACCGAAAUGUGUGCCCAACAACUGAUGGAAACUAUGGAUCUGCUCUAUCGCCAGAGUGCUUUGGAAAUUUUCCAAUCCCAUCACCAUCACGAUGUCAAUCCGGAACUUUUGAUAUGGCAGCAAUUACUACCCUUUCUGGAGAUGGUGGAACAGUUCGAAUGGUCCAGUUUUCAAAGUCCUCUGCUGAGAAGGCAAUUUGAAAUUUUAAUCAGGGAACUUAACUUUGCCCGCCAAGCCUCCAACAAAGACUUUGUUGUGGCCUCUAAAGUUUUGCGGGGUGUGGGUAAACAUAAAUUCAUGUAUCACCGCAGAGCGGCCAAUAAAAGCAAUCCACCUCCCCACGAACUGGUCUCCUAUGUUCGCAACAUCAAAUCAAUCAUAACCAAUAGCAAUGACUUGCAAGAAGUCAAAUGGUAUUGGCGUGAAUGGCGUAAUCGCCUGCCAAUGGAUGUGAAGAAUGCUCUCAAUGUCUACAUACAAUAUUAUCAGAAUAUGUCAACAGUGGAAAAGCCUGCCUCCAGUAUUUGGUAUGCUCAAUAUGAAGAUCCAAAAUUUAUGGAAAAAUUGGAAAAAGUUAUGGAGGCGAUAAUGCCUCUCUAUCAGCAGCUGCAUGGCCAGUUGAGACAGACCUUGUGGAAGAAAUAUGGUGAUGCCAUCAUACCCUCGACGGGCCUCAUUCCCCACCAUCUAAUGGAACAAGCUCUCUAUGAGGCCUGGAAAAAGGAUUCGGUUUUCGGUAAUCCCUAUCCCGACAAGAAAUUGCCAAAUCUCAAACAAGAAUUGGAUGGCAAGCGAUUUGCUCCAUUGGAUUUUAUUACAAUUGGAACGAAAUUCUUUGAGAGAAUUGGAUUCGAUCGUCUGACGGAAAACUUUUUGCGUGAGCAUUUCCGUUUACACCGCAAUGGAGGCCCCGACUGCAAAUCGGCACUCUUUACAGCUGGAGAAAUUCACAUGAAAUAUUGUCCGAGUGUUAGUUACAAAAAACUGCUAACAACUCAUGGAGAUAUCACCCACAUGGAAUAUGCGAUUUUAAGGAACAAUAUGAGGGUGGGCCUAAAUCAAGAGGCCUGUCCCGGUUUUGGUAAUGCAAUGGCCGAGGCUGUGAUACUUUCCGUCUCCACGCCCAAGCAUUUGCAACAACAUCUAAAUCUUCUCAAUAACUAUACCUAUGAUGAUGAAAUGAAUAUGAAUUUCUUGUAUCGAAUGGCUGUCCAUGCUUUACUCUCAAUACCCACUUAUUUGGUUCACGAGAAACUAUGGACUGAUAUAUUGGAUAAAAAAGUCGAUGCGAAAAACAUUAAUUGCCAUUACUGGAAUCUAAUGGAAAAGUAUAUGGGUGUUGGACCUUCGUUGGCGACAAAUAAUAAGUAUGACAUGCCCUAUAAAUUCUAUGAGGGUUUAGUAGCGGAUAUCCGAAGUACCAAAAAACUUUUUGGUGAAUUUUUGGGCUAUGAGAUAUAUCGCGAUAUUUGUCUGGAAAUCGGCCAAUAUCAACGAGGAAAUAAGGCUAAGCCAUUGUUUAAAUGCGAUUUUGCUGAAAACCAACAAGCUGGACAAAGGUUAAGAAACAUGAUGAACUCGGGUUCCGCAAAGCCAUGGCAUGAAAUUAUCAAAGAAUGGACAUCGACUCAGCCAACAAAGUUGAAUGCAUCGCCCAUGUUGGAAUACUAUGAACCACUGACGACUUGGAUGACCGAAUAUAAUAGGUUGCAUAAUAUUACAGUGGGUUGGCAGCACACCGAAUUUUGCCAUUGAGGAUUUAUACGUACAAUAUCGGAAUAUAAUGAAUAAAAACUAAAAUUUAUAAUUAGGGCUGCCAUAGAAACCAAUUUUGUCACUAUUGGUUUUAAAAACGACAAGAAAAAAUGUUUUGGUUAGAAUUUUA